GCGGGGCCGCGUUCAGGGGCUGUGUGGAGAGAGAGGAGAGUGAGUGAAAAAGCAGAGGGAGAGGGAGAAAUAACAGACGGUAGGGAUGUGUGUGAGUGUGCGGUGAAAGGAGGUGCAGGUACAGUCAGAGCCGGAUACAGGUUUUGUAGCCGCACCGGACCGCGGCAAAACCUCCUCAGAGCCUGCCUCUCUCCUCUUCGUCUCCCCCCUUACUCCGCAAUGUCUGGCGUUGGAGAGGUACGGGUCGUCCGCCAAGAGCCCGGGCAAGAGAGCCCGAGGAUGCCGGCCUGGAAGCGAGAAAUCCUGGAGAGAAGGAAGGCGAAGGGCGGCGGGUCUGGAGGAGCCGGUGCCGCGGAGACCAGCCCCGUCAGCGCGGGCUCGCAGCGAGUUAACGGUGAGCAGACGGGAAAUGUGAACGGUAACACCGGCAGCGGACCGAGCGGCGGGUCCGGGCGGAGCUACACCAUCACCACAGCCAGUCAACACUUCGGCAACAACAAAGAGCCGACGGACGCGGAGAGGACGACACAGAGGGAGUACACCAGACAGGAGAGCCUGGUGCUGCAAGAGAGCCUGGGCCCCCUGGAGGAGAACCCCUUCAUUAAGCUGGAGAAGGAGCGGAGGAGGCGACAGGACCGAGAACACACCGCCCGUCCGGUCCAGCACAUCCUCGAGCUGUAUGGCAGUGUACCCGGUAUACGGACUAUACGUGCAGACAAUAUUAUCAUAAUUGAGUCGGACCCGGAUUACUUUCCGGAAGCUGGAGGGGUACAAAGCGGGUCCAAAUGGCAGCAAAACGGUGUCAGUAGUUACAGCUCCCUGAACGACCUCCUGGACCGGAGAGGGAGUGCUAUUACUGAGAUAAGGGCCAAGGAAGUGGUCAUUUAUGACACCACGUUAAGCAAGAGUGAGGAGAACUUAAGCACCCUGGGCCGCCCUGAUCAUGAGUCUGCAUCAUAUGAGACAGGUGAGGGUCAGGGCAGGGUUAGCCGGAUGCUUCAGAAGUUUGACUGCAACUAUGGGAAGCUGCAAAAGAAGUCCCGCAGCACAGAGAACCUGCUGGACCUGGAUUGUAGUGCCAGUUGCAGGCCACGACUCUGGUCCAGGCCACAGCCAGAUCUGGUGCCAAAGGUCAGGCAAGGCCCGUCGGUCAGCAGCCAGCCAUCAUCGCCUGUCUUCCAGAGUCCCUCGUCUUCCAGACCAAAGCCACAGCCUGCUUUCUCUGAAAUGGGCAGCCCCCAGCGCCUUGCUGGGACAACUCUACCUGUGUCUCCUUUCCGCCAGCGGUUUGCGGAGAGUGGAGGCCCUGGAGAUGAGCCAGACAGGGCCCAAACCAAGCCCAUCAGAGAGAGGGACUGGGAAGGCUCUGAGGUGCCACCAAAACCCAAGGUGCCAUGCUCUCCAGAGACCCGUCGUGUCCGUGCUGAGCCCCCCUCGAGCCCAAUCUCAUUCAAGGUGUCUCGCUCCUCAUCUGACUUCGAAAUCCGUCCCUCUCCAAAGCCAGACCUCGAUCGUAUUCCUGAUGGGGACACCCAGGCACGGGCCCUCGCUAACCUGCGCCUGCAGUCCCGUAACUCCUUCACAGUCAUUCCCAAGCGGCGUCCUGCUGCCUCAAAUGCAACAAACAGCCCUGCACCGUCCAGCCCUUUCAAGUCUUCCCCUUCCCACAGAGUGGCAGAGGUGUCCACACCAGGAUUGCCAACCUCGUCACCCUCGAAGAGGACUGAGGAGAAAAUGUUGGAGGAGAAGGAAGCAGAGAGGCUGAAGAGGCUUUCAAAGCCUUCAUCUCCUUCUGUUGCCGCAAGUCCUCCUCCGACCUCCGAACCUUCAUCUCCUGCUCCAACACCAGCUCCCUUCUCUCCUCCUGCCCCGUCAUCCCCCUCCUCUUCUCCGCCUGUCCCGUCUUCACCCACCUCUCAUCCAGAUCUGUCAGACUCCCCCGCCCCAUCACCUGUCCCUUCUACCCCCUCCCCAGCUCCAGAACAGCCUCCUGUGGAUCAGUUGCCUGUAACGAACAUAGAUGACAUCGAAGUGGAGCCCCAGAAGCAGCAUGACCCUGCUCCCACCCCCUUGGGGCAGAGGAGAAAGGGGAACACCUUCACCGUGGUCCCUAAGCGUAGGGUGGAGGCCGAGGGCCAGCCCAGCUCCCCUGAGCCCCAGCAGGAGGCCUCAAGUGAGGCUCCCCUGGCGUCCACACCCCCACAGGCCCCUUACGCUCAGCUGGGCUCCCUGCUGAAGAAACGCUACCCUGCUGUGGAGGAGAUCGAGGUCAUCGGUGGGUACCUUUCCCUCGCAAAGUCCUGCAUCUCCAAGACGGGCUCCACGGGGAAGAAGCUCAAGAUCUCAUUCAAUGAGUCGAGUCUCCAGAGUACGUAUGAGUAUCCGUCGGAGAACGGCGCAUGGGACAGUGGGGACGAGGACGAAGACGAGGACGAGAUGCACGAUGAGAAGGUGUCUGACGAGCAGCCGAGCAUGGUGGGACGCAUCCACAUCCCCCGACCCAGCUUCUCCAUCUCCCCAACGCACACCAACAACAGUAAUGACCUUUCGAGCUACAUUCCCAAGCACUCUGUGGACUUCAGCGCCUGGCAGGAGCACAAACAUGAGGACAGUGUUUACCAGGAGGAGAACGGCUCCCAGACGACUCAGAUGACGGAGGAAGUGAUGCUGACCCCCGCAGACAGCUCCUCUCUGUCGGACUACAGCAGCGAGCCGGCUCUUUACUUCUGAUCAGCGGACCAACAGCUGUCCAGUAGCAUCACAGCUGUGGGACCAGCCUCUAAGCACAUCGUCCUGAUCUCGUAGGGCAACACAGUAUUUAGUUAUUCUGUUUUUGGUCUGAUUUCCUGCCACGGAACCGACACAUGCCACGUUAUCAACCGCAUAUCAGAGCAGAUUUGCCAGGUUUCGAUUCCCACCUUCCUCCUGACCAAACACAUUGAAAAAACAAAGCAGCUGGACUGUCUUUAUCCUGCGAUCCCGGACGGUUGAUCUGUCCUCAUCGUCCCUCACAAAAUUGCUUGAAAUCUAUCUAGACUGGCCUCUCCAAACCCCCCGCCCCCCCCCGUCAUUAUCUGCUUCCAAGUCUUCAACGUUUGCCUCCGGUUUUUGGGAGCUUAAAAGCAAGGGACCAAACUCCUUACAGAGAACAGGAGGCCGCCAGUGCCCACAUGUAGGUGUCGCCACGGGAACAGUGUUAGCAUGGAAACAUGUCAUUUAGGACGUGGAGGACGCGUUUGCUUGUGUAGAUCGCCGGCACACUCAAACACAAAAAAAUUGCGAAAGGGUGCCACAAUUGUUUUGUUUUUGUACCUGCAUGUGUUGAUUUCAGCCAACAAGCUUGGUUGUACUGUAAAGCUUCCGUAUGCCUUUUGAGUUUUUGUAUGUCUUCUGGCAAACUAUGCUGUAUUGAAGCUGCAGCAGAAGAGUCUUAACAGCAAGCAAACUUCAACACAUUUUCCCCCAUUCGUGACGAGGAAGGGGAAUUAUGCACCCCAUGAUUACACGCUUGAAAAAAAGUGACCUUGGCCAAUAAUGUCUGUACGUCCGGUGACGAAAUGAAGAUCAUCAUACUGUAGAAUGUUUCCGUAUAUCAAGGUGUCUGCAUCCCGUUUAAAAAAAGCUGUUGGCCAACUUUUUAUCCUGGCUUCUCGUGUAUUUAUUCCCCGCUUACAGUUGAAGUUUGCAUGUCAGAGACCUGCUCGUGUACAAAACCACUUUUGUAAAGAUAUCUGCCGUUGCGGACGGAUGUUUUUUUUGUUGUUUUCCAGUCGGACCUCAUGUACUUUCACAUUCCACGGAGGAAGAAAUCGGUCCUUAUGAUCAUUCAUAAUAUGGCAUGUUUGUGAGAGCGAGUGUGUUUUGAAAGGAUAUGAAAUGAUUUUUUUUUUAAUUAAGAUUGUUUUUUAUAUAUAAGAAUGCACCAUGUUUCCAGAUUUUUUUAACGCAUAAUGCCAAGUGAUUAAAGUGUUGCUGUAACGGCCUCACAUUCGUUCUGCUCCCGUCCCUCGGCCAGUAUUGUUGUACAGUUUUCAUAAGAUUUAUUUCUUACUCUCGUCCUUUUUCUUUAAUUUCUCCAAUCAGAUGACAUUUGUUUUCAGCCCUCGAAGGUUUGUGCUGUAAGGAGACGUUAGGGUCUUUGUCUGAGGAAUUGUAGGAAUUCUGUUUUGUCUGGAGUCUUGGAUGUUUAAUGUCUUUGCACUGUCUUGCUUUUAGCCUUGUUUUGCACCUCAUGAGAAGGCCACAGAGGAUAUGUGCACUUUAAAGAAGUCUAGUUGAAGAGUUUUGUUUCCAAACAAAAGCCACUUUUUACACCUGUUAUUCUGCACCCAGUGAUUGUAUGUGAGAUACAGUACAUGGGUAAGGCAGAAAACAUUUUUAGAAUAGAAUUGGAAUACAACUCUUCCAUUGGAUGCGAUGAAUGCACUGCCGAUGAAUGCCAUGACCACUCGUUUUACUCUGUUUGCCGCAUCCUUGCAACAUCAAGUCUUAUGAUUGUCGUCCUUGUCUCUCGGAACACAAACUGUAGCGAUCCACACAGAUGAGGGCCUCAUGUUUGGCCUAAAAUCUGUUUUUUGGUCAGUUGAGCUGAUCAUUCAAAGACCAUACCAGUGAUUUUGCAAGUUUUAGACCAUUUUAUUUUAAAUCCCAUAUACUUUACUAUUGAGCAAACCGUGCGACUGUGGUUUAAGAGUUUGAAUGUAUUUCUUAACCGAAAAAUAUGUCCAUUGAUUUCCACUCUAUUUUAUACGGUAUGAAAAUCUACUAGAAGCUUAAAAGUAUACCCCCAACAAAAUAUCAACUUGUUUAAAAUCGAAUUCUUGAUGACAAAGUCCAAAACGUGAGAAAAUCUUAAUGAAUUAAAGUUAACGGGCCGUGUUCAACAAAAGGUGACUAUAUCAAAACAUCAGAUUAAAGACACUGCCUCAUAAACAACUGUCUCUUAACUCGUGAAGGUGAGCAUUGUCUCUGUGCGAGGACUGUUUUUGGGCAAGUAUUUUUAAAAGCAAGGUUUCAAACUCAAGUUUUUUGAUAUAGAAACUUGGCUUCCAUUUACUUCCAUUCAUCAAGAAUGUUCUCCAUUUUGUUUCGCCCUUGGGUAUGCAAGAAUAACAAAUGAUCUUGAAACAAGAUGAGGAAUCUGAAUAAGCAUUCUGUUCUCUUUACUCAAUGCCAAAGACAUAUUCCAAUCCUUCACAAAAUCAUGUUAACGUUCAAUAUCCUGCCCUUAAACUACAUUACUAUCAUUCAUUAGCAUAAUGUAGGGUCACUUAAGUGUAACUGUCAAAACUCAAUGCAGACUUGAUGUUCUGGUUGAGGGAUUCCACAAAUCAGAAGUCUACUAUUACAUGUUCAUACCACAAGGAAAUGAAUGGCUGCUUGAAUCAAGGGAGGAAACAAUCAGCCAAAGUGGUCACACAUGAUCUGUAAACACACUGGUAUGGUUCUUUACAUUGAAUUUGGCCUCACUUGGACCUGCUGUGGUGCUAAAUCACAUGACGACACACCUGUGGAUCCAUCUGUGCUGACUGCUACCUUCAAUGUCCAACACCCAAAAGAGGACGUCCACUUAUUGUGGGAAACUUUCCUUGGACUUAAGGAAGUGGAUUUUGGGAAUCCCCACUGAUCGUCUAAAAUAAUCCCGGCGAGGACUUUUCUUUUGACCACUAAUGGAACUUCUGAAGUGCACAUGUGUUUGCCUCCUGAGCAGUUUGUUGGUCACACUGUAGCGCCUCUGUGGUAGAAGCUUCUCCAUCUUCUCGUUUACUUUUCCCCCCUCGUCUGUAAAUCUCCAUCGCAGCAGAUGUGCUUACUGUAAUUACUGUCAACGAUUUGGGCAAAUAAAACAAAAACGUGAUGUCAUACUUGUACAAAUGAAAGCUCAAUAAAUAGAACACUUGAACAAAUGUAAA